AAAUGGCCGGUUCUUAAUCCUGCAAUUGUCGGUCUGACUCAGAUUUUUUUUUUGUGUGUUUACACUGCUUUUUCCCCCAAUGGAAAUGCCAUUAUUACCUGCUACAUUUCCAUCCCGUUGACGGAGAAAAUGUUGCAGAAGCAAUGCAACCAUAUAAAGACAUGCCAUUUUAUUAUCUGCUUGAAAUUGCAACGACCCAUUUUCAGAUUUCAGUUUUUUUAAUUGACAAAUGUGGUCUUCACAUCCAAAGAAACAAAACCAUAUUGCUUCUAAAGGUGAUGAUGAUCUAUAUAGAGAAUUAUGGAAGGCCUUUGCUGGUCAAUCCAUGGAUGUUCCUAGAGUUGGAGAACAAGUGUACUACUUUCCUGGACUUCACAUUAAGCAGCUGGAGCAAUCAUUGAUUCGGGAACUGAACCAAGGAACACCAAUUUUAGACCCAUACUUAAAGAUCCUUUGCCAUGCUGUUCAUGUUCGGUUUCUGGUUGAGAACAUCUCGGAAGAAAUUUAUGCAGAAAUUAAUUUGUUGCCAAAACAGGAUCAAACGGAGCCAGUAAAUCCUGAUUUUUAUCAUUCUAAGAUUCCAAGGCCCCAAAUCCACUCAUUCUGCAAGGUUUUAACUGCCUCGGAUACAAAAAGUAACUGGGGUUUGUCUAUUCCUCAAAAAGAUGCUGUGAAAUGCUUUCCUCCCCUGGAUAUGUCUCGAGAUAAACCUAUCCAGGAAUUAGUAGUGAAAGACCUUUCUGGCAAAGAAUGGCGCUUUAAGCAUGUCUUUGGAGGCCACCCUCGGAGGCAUCUACUCACUAAUGGCUGGAGUGCAUUUGUUAAUAGCAAAAAAUUGGUUUCUGGAGAUUUAGUCGUCUUCUUAAGAAGGGAAGAGAAUGGAGAUGUACAUGUUGGGUUUAGACAUCUACUUUGUCAGAAGAGCUCAGUUGAAGCGCCAAUAGCUUCCAGCUUAGAUAUCAAAGGAGUGCUUGCAGUUGCUUCUGAUGCUCUUGCAUCCCAGAGACCCUUUUCUGUCUACUGCAAACCCCAAACAAGUCAAUUUAUUAUAAGCUUGAACAAAUACCUGGAAGCUAUUAACCUCGGGCUUGGAGUUAGCAUGACAUUUAAGAUGCCAUCUGAAAUUGCAAAUUCUCACGGGAGUUUUACAUGUAUGGCGAAUGAAAAGGACCAGAUGCAAAUAAAUCAAUAUUCACAAAAUGCAAAUGUAUUCCUUAACGAAGAUGAGGAGCACAUGGAAGAUGCGGAGGCCAUUGUCUACUCUCCUCCACGACAUAGUACGACACCUUCGGAAAUAGGGGAGAAGAGACAUAGUGAUCACACUAUAUACAUUUCUCCUGUGGAAGGCAAUGUAGAGUCAACUUAUGAAGGUGGCACAAGAAAACAUAAUGAGGUAUCAAAUCCUGUGGAAAUAGAAAGCAUCCGAGGUACAGAGGAACAUAAAGAGAUCACGACAAGUUCUUGGAAUUUCAACCCAAUUCAAGAACAGGAACUGGAGGACGCAGAGAUAAUCAAGGAUAUCCUUCCAAUAGUUUCACAGAAUCUCCCUCUUGAUUAUACAGUCCCAUCAAACACGGACAAUGAUCAAUUCCUACCCAUUAUGCAAGAUUCUGAGGAGUGGCAAAACUUUCAAGGAACAGAUUUUCCUCUGCAUGUGCAACCUCCUUCUGGAAACUCCUCAAAAUCUAUGCAUCCCACAUCUAUUUCAAGUCAUAUUCCUUGUGAUGGACCUAGUCAUGCUGAUGAGAAAGUCCAUUGGGAGGGUUAUCAUGUGGCUCAACGAUAUAUCCCAAUACUGAGCAGGAUUAUCUCGCAGUACCCUAGCACGCUUUCAAGUUUCAAGGCAACAAGUCCCAUUUUCCAAUCAAUGUGCCUGGAGAUUUUGGCCGAGUUAGUUUACUUGCUCGGACAGUUCACCACGGCGAACAUGGACAUCAAAUAUCUUAGUGAAGCUAAACGAUACCUUCGGGACUUGAAACUGAGUGGUAUCGAGAUAGGCUGGCUUGAAAAACGUCUAGCAAAGGUUGAAGACAUAUUUACCAUGAAAAGAAUAAGCAUACGAAGACAAGAACUUGUCCUUGGAAUUGAAGACACAACGGCAACACUUAGGCUGAUGAAUGAAGAGCUUGGGUCAUUAGAGAAGGAGCUUCAGAAACUGUCAUCCAAUAUUAACCUAAAAACCUCUGCUGAAGAUCGUCCCAUAUUGGAAGUCUGUUGUGAAUUUUCUUGGUUUAAUAAUAUGGCAUUGUGCAAAACUAUUGGAAAGCUCAAGUUUAUUUCUUUGAGCUAAAGUUUUGUUUAGGGGGUGACUCCUUACUUUCCUAACAGUUUCAUAAUAAUUUACUUAUCUUUUUAGCACUGUGUGAAAGUAGGGCCUGCGAUCUGUUUUUAUUUCUGGCCGAUACUGUUGCUCUUUAAAUACGGCUACUACUUACUAAUGUUUGUUGUUUUUUCUUUUCUUUUGAAACAAAAAACAAGUAGCAUAAUACAUUUUUGUAA